AUGGUGCUCGACCCUCCGGGCGUGCUGGACAGGAUCAACGCCAACCUGCCCGACGACAUCCGCGUAUUUGCUAUUCGUCGCACAACGGGCGGCUUCGACUCCAAGAACAGCGUCGACUCGCGUAUCUACGAGUACCUUCUGCCCGGCUACAUCCUCGCCCCCGAGGAGCCCAAGCCCCAACCGGCCGAAGAAGGUGAAGCCGCCGCUGCCGAGCUGCAGAUCCCGGACUACCAGGUCACGCCGGAGCUGAUCGACAAGCUCAACGAAUACCUGGAGGUGUUCAAGGGAACGAACAACUUCUUCAACUACACCAUCCGCAUGGACAAGAACGACGCCUCGGCCAAGAGAUACAUCAUCGGCUUCAAGUGCUCUGGACCGUUCACCGUCGAUGGCGUGGACUUCGUGCGCUUCGAGAUUCAGGGCCAGAGCUUCAUGCUGCACCAGAUCCGCCGCAUGAUCGGUAUUGCUACGAUCCGGGAUCACUGCACCGCAUUGCUUCGCCAUGUCCUGGACAUUCAGUCAUCUCAACUGUGUGCGCAUGUCUGGUAUCUAGGCAUGAUCGUCUUCUUGAUCAAGCGCAACCUGCCAAAGGAGGUGCUCAACGCCACGUUUGUCCGCAAGGCGCCCGUGCCGACCGCGCCCUCGGAGGGACUCUUGUUGCAGCAGUGCGUGUACAAGGUGUACAACGAGGGCAAGGGCCGAAGCUACGAGCCCAUCACGUGGGAGGGCAUAAAGGACCAGGUGGAGGCCUUCCGGAGCGAGCAGAUCUACACCCACAUCGCCGCCAUCGAGAAGGAGACCAAAGUUUUCGCCGAGUGGACGGCCAAGCAGAGUCAGUACCUGAUCGACUACGAGAAGCUGUUGGAUGACUGGAGGAACGACCGACCGGAGGUGCCCUUUGAGUACAAGGGCAGACCGCCCAGGGAGGCCGCCGCCGAAGCCGAAGACACCACCAACGCCGCCAAGGAGGACUGA